UCAAGAUGCCAGAAAAGAUAGGUCGUUCCAAAUCCUCUCGUCCAAAUCCAUAUACCACCCUCCCUGCGAAGACCACCUCCUACAUACAGCUGCGAUUCCAGCUCAUGAACUUCGCAAAUGUAUAUCGCAUCGUUAAGCUCCCAGUCACGUUCACCUUUGCCAACCUGCACACGCUCAUCCAGUACAUGUUCGGCUGGAGCAACUCACAUUUGCACCGCGCAGAGGUCGUGUCCUAUGUCGUCAUGCAUGACCCAGAUAGCGACUUGGCUGGCACGAUGAAAAGAUGGGGUCGCAUGCCGACUCUUGGGGAGUAUUUGGCAGGUGAGGAGGAGCAACCCGGGGACAGGAUAUCGUGGAAGUUUGAGAGGGACGAUAACCCCAUAUAUCAUGUCGACGAGCGUGGCGUGCGCCCCGAUUAUGGUUUUGGCAAGGAAUACGCAAAGUCCGUCAAGGACUCUCACCUGAAGCUGGGUGAAAUCUGGACCGUGGAUUUCGAGAAAAAUGCAUCUCGGGGGGAGUCUCCAAACGACGAGAUUGGCAUUAUUUACGAGUAUGACCUUGGGGACUCUUGGACGGUGCAUAUCUCAUGCGACCCAAACGAAUUGUUCUUCGUGAAUAAAACACCAAUUAACAUUCCCGUCAUCGAAAAAGCCCAUGGGGCGCCUCCCAUCGAGCAUGCUCCAGAAUUCGUCUAUGGGGAAGAUGACGCCAACGACAAGACGGUCUCUAACCGCAUUUUCGUCGGGAAGAACUUCGAGCUCUAUUGCGAGGGCAAGCUGAUGUCUUGUGCUCGGAGGACCGAAUUAGCCAUCUAUACACCAGAGGAGGAAGCGGAGCGUCAGAAGCGACUGCAGCGUGAGCGCGAUGAAAGGAUGGAUGUCGAUUCUGAUGAGGAAAACUACAACGAAUAUGAUGACGACGAUUCAGGUGAAUGGUAUUGAGGAGCUCUUCAGGGACAUCCACAGGCCUGAAUCAUAUACUGAAAUGAACCGCGAUAUCGAUGAUUGCGAUAGCAGGAACAUAGCUAUAGGUUUUC